UUCGCAUUGAGCGGUCUCCUAAACCAGUCGCGGCUGAGGUGUGAUCCUCAUACAGGAAAAAAAGUAUAUAAAACAAUAAAAAGAAUUCGUUUAAAAAAAGAACCACAUUUAUUUCCACCGAUAUGAGGAACCCGCAGCUACUCAUCUUGGGCUUUAUUUUCACCGGGUUCCUAAAUCAUCAGUUAUUUUCACUCGCUUCGUCCUGUCCGCCUGUAAGAGUUACUAAGGCUCUCCUCAACCAAACCGCAACCGACAGCCAAUAUAUUGAGUAUAUAGGAGAAGUACCAGAUCUUGAAGCCUUCACGUUAAGCUUUUGGGUGAAGCUUCUCAAAACAGGUCCCGUUGUUUCACUGUUCACCUACGUAGCAAACGAUGCAAGCAAGACACACGUAACAGCCUCGUUAACGGAAAAAUCAAAGUCACAGUUUCUCUCACUGCAAGUCAACGAUAUGGCUAUUUUCACCGCGGAAGUUCACCAAGGAAUAAAUGCCGGAGAAUGGCACCACAUCUUGGUUUCAUGGCACGGUGCCACGGGAACAUGGGGUGAAGUGGCAAACAGCUGUUGGUAA